ACUUCGAAGCGCGCCAAGGACAGUGUCUGGGAGAAGCUGACUGAGGAAUACAACAGCCAGCCAGGCAUUCGUCGCGUCACAGUGGUGCAGCUGCGGAAGCUGUGGGACAACGAAAAAUCGAAGUGGAAAAAGAAAGAUUCGGAAGAAAAGCGGGAUUUCUACGCAACAGGGGGUGGGCCACCUACCUGCCGGUCAAUGAGCCCAUCAUUGGCGCUUGUCGGGGCGGCUGCCUCGCACAUUGGGACACGGCUCCCAAACCCCUACGACAGCGACGGAUCCCAUAUGAGCCAGCCAGUGAUGUCGCUGCCACCCGCGCGUACCAUUGAAGUUAUGGUGACAGGCAAUCAAGGCAGCAUGGACGAGUGGCUUGAAGGCAGAAUUGGCAAGAGCUGUUGGCAUGUUGUAGCGUGUUGUGCUAUGGCUGCAUGCGUGUAUACUGUUUGUGAGAUGUUACGUUUCUAUGUUAUUUAUGUUUGUAAGUAACGCAGCUGGCGCAGCUGUUCACAUGGCUCGUGUGUCUAUUUCACAAAAAUUUACGUUUGUCAUUACGAUCUGUCAGCAGUAUUCCAUGUUGUGCCAGUAUGUUGCUGUUACCUCCCCAAAUUAUUGUCAGUGGCGUGCAUUUUUAUUAAGUUUAUCGUGUCCUUGCGUGUCAUGAAUGUAAAUAACUGACAUCAUGGCUAGUUUGCUAGCAUUGUACACCAUUGGAGCUGUAAUUGAAUCUGAUUGUUUUGUAUGUGCAGAUCCCCUCUUCCCUAGCCCCACUUCCAGUGCAGGAAAAGGCUGGCCUGUCAACAACCCAGUACAUUUCACCUGCCAUGGCUGAAAUGCCUCAAUCCACCAGUCAACACUUUGCUGCUGUUGGAGCACCGUUUCAUGAAGGACAGUCUCUUUUUUUUCUUAUUUGUUUGGGUCUCACACAAUUAGCAUGCACUUGGCCGAGCUGUCUCAAUCUGUUAUUUUUACCGAGAUGCCUGGGUGUUUGCAUGCUGUC